CUCAAACUCUAAUGCCCUGUGCGGUGCCUCCGCUCCACUACGCGUCGAACGUUACUACCAACCAUGUAUCGGAAACAAGUCGUCUAUCUGGACUUCGGCUCAUUCGUUUGGUGCUGAUGAUGAAGAAUUGGCAAUUAACAAACAAACCUUUGCUCGGCGGGAGAAAUCCCGCAUUGCUGCCAAACUUCGUCGUCUUAAAGAAAACCAAACCUUAAUGAGACUUCGGCUAAUCCUUCCUAUCCAGUCAUACAAAAACGAUGAGUCGGUGACACACAAGUUGGACAAUUGCAUCCAUUAUUCGGAUUCAGACGGUGCCACCACCCCUUACGAUUCGGUUGUCCGGUGCGACUCACCUUCACUCUGCACACUACCGGUUUUGAAGCAACCGCUACUGGCACCAGAAUUUGAGAAGGCAGUGACGAUCCGUUUGGCCAGCUGCGCAUUGUGUUUGUACAAUUGGCUAUACUCUCAAGAGCUCUUGG